AUGGGUGUCUUUGGACGGCGGGGGCAUUGGUGCAUGUAUCCGGUGCUGCUGCUGCUUGUGAUAGCCGGUCUCAACGUGCUGUUGACUUACCACAGUCGAGAACGCCACAUCACAAGUGACUUGCCACUUGAGAGUCACAUUGUCGUGCGCCCUGCCCGUGAUGAUCGGGCCGAGGCGCCCGCACCAGGGGUGGAUGCAGGCGUUCCACAAGCCACCUCUCGAACCGAAACUCGCCACUCCACUGUCCUACGCCUGACCACGACUCAGGAGAAAGUGGCCCCCACGACGCACCGGACCACGACGCACCAGACCACGACGCACCGGACCACAACAUCGCAAUCCACACCCCGCGCGACCGUGCCCGCACCGGUACGGACGCAGCAAGGCGCCGACGCACACAAGCCUCGCGCCCCGACGCUGGAUCCUGCCAAACUACGGCAAUCCAUGUCCUUUCCUUAUGGAUUCAAACCCACCGUGCCAAAGGUCCAACCCGCCACCACCAAACCCCCGCGUCACGAGACGCUGCGUCGCAAUUUUCAUUGGAACUACAGUGUCAAAGUGUACACUGACCCUUCCUUCGAUGGCCGUCACAUUGUCGGCUCCCAUCCAUGCGCCUCUCUUCUCGUCUGGAACAAAUGCUGGGCUUCGGCCGCACACGCCGUUCCACAGUACCGCGACCACAUGGAUUACAGCUUUGACCUUCACGUUCCGGGCCUCUUGGCCAAGCUCGAAUUGUACAGGGCCUACCCGAAUCACCGCACCAACCGUAUUCCCUUUCGUAUCUUUAUCAUGCCCUGUCAUCUCGAUGACUUUGUCAAAGAGGUACUGCCCGUGCUCAACGACAAGGCCGUGUAUUUUGUUCUCAUCACCGCCAUGCAAACGCCCAAGAUUGAGCGCACCGAUCCCCGCGUCGAGGCACUGCUCAAGAGCCAAUAUCUCGUGCGUUGGUACUGCCAAAACCUGCAUUUCGUGGGUGAACCGCGCGUGCGUGCCCUUCCACUGGGCAUGGACUACCACAGUCGACAAUGGCGGACCGAGGGCUUUGGGCUGCCCCACGCCUCGCCCGAGCAACAGGACGACGAGCUGCGCAGCAUGCGGCCAUCGGCUGACGCCCCCACCCAGAAGCGCAUCGUCAUUGAUUUCAAGCGGCAUACGAACCGCCAAAGCAUCUAUGACCAGCUGACCAAGGAGCCCGUUUGUCACCCGGUUGCGGGCCGGAAGAACCGAAACGAGAUUUGGUCUCUUUACGGCAAAUACCGCUUUGUGGCCAGCCCUCCCGGAUUUGGCGAAGACUGCCAUCGAACCUGGGAGGCACUGGCUUUGGGGGCCAUUCCCAUUGUUCAGGAACAAAACACCGGCGUCACCGAGAUUCUCCGGCAUUUUCCCGUCCUGUUUGUAAAGAGCUGGCGCAUCACAGCCGAAAUGUUGGAUGAAGCGCUGGUGAAGCUCGAGCCCCAACGCCAGCAGCUCUUGCACGAUCCCGUCACCCUAACGAGUCGCUAUUGGAUCCAGAUGAUCCUUGAUGAGACCAUACCCCAGUGA